AUGAGCAAAUCAGGUGAAGUUGUAAUUUUGGAUUGUUGGGCAAGCCCUUUCUGUGUACGAGUGAAGAUAGCUCUGAAUGAGAAAGGCAUUGAAUACGAAAACAGAGAAGAAAAUUUAUUUGGAGGAAAGAGUGAAUUGUUGCUUAAAUCCAACCCAAUUCACCAAAAAGUCCCUGUCCUAUUGCACCAUGGAAAAUCCUUAGCAGAGUCAACCAUCAUCGUUGACUACAUCGAUCAGACUUGGACUUCUCCUCCAUUACUCCCAUCUUCUCCAUACGAUGUAGCUCAAGCUAGGUUUUGGGCUGACUUCAUAGACAAAAAGGUAUUUGACGCUGGGAGGAACAUAUGGAGUGGCCAAGGUGAAGCCGUAGAGGUGGCUAAGAAGGAGUUUAUAGAAAUUCUGAAACAGUUGGAAGAAUUAGCCCUAGCCGACAAACCCUUCUUCGGUGGAGACUCGUUUGGGUACGUUGACAUCUUGGCCAUCGCCCUAACAAGUUGGUUCUAUACUUUUGAGCAAUAUGGAGGAUUUAAAGUGGAGGACCACUGCCCCAAACUCUCAGCUUGGAUCAAAAGGUGUUACCAAAGAGACACUGUUUCAAAAGUUAGUCCUGACCCAGUAAAGAUCUAUGAAUUUGCUGCCAUGUUGAGGAAGAUGCAAGGAAUUGAAUAA